GUAGGUGGCAGUAUGCAGCUUUUACGAUGGUCUGCAAACCGCCAAAAAUAAAAAAGAAGAAGAAUAUCGCGGGAAAAAUAAAUGUUUUGAGCACUACAGGAUUUGCCCGCGAUAUUUCUAACGUUGAGUUUAGUCUUAAACUGAAGAAAAUGCCCAGCGCCGCAGAGCAAAUGACAAAUGGCCAUUGUACUAACGUAGAAAACAAGACAGAAGGUGCAGGUGGAGGAAAAAAAGACUUUUCUCUGUUUUGUGACGAGCGUGGUUACUUGAACAUAGUCGAGUACAUUCUGCAGCACGGAGCGCGCAAAGGCGACAGAACGGGGACCGGAGUGAUUUCUGUCUUCGGGACACAGGCCAGAUACAGUCUCAGAGAUCAGUUUCCUUUGCUGACGACCAAAAGGGUUUUCUGGAAAGGCAUAUUGGAGGAGCUGCUGUGGUUUAUCAAGGGUUCAACAAAUGCUAAAGAGCUGUCAGAAAAGGGUGUGAGAAUCUGGGAUGCUAAUGGCUCCAGGGUCUUUCUGGAUAAAAAUGGCUUUACUGAUCGUGAGGAAGGAGACCUGGGCCCAGUGUAUGGCUUUCAGUGGAGGCACUUUGGAGCUGAGUACAAAGACAUGCACACUGAUUACUCUGGGCAAGGUGUUGACCAGUUACAGAAGGUGAUUGACACUAUCAAGUCAAACCCAGAAGACAGGAGGAUCAUCAUGUGUGCUUGGAAUCCCAAAGAUCUCCCUAUGAUGGCAUUGCCCCCCUGCCAUGCGUUAUGCCAGUUUUAUGUGUCAGACGGUGAGUUGUCGUGCCAGCUGUACCAGCGCUCUGGUGAUAUCGGUCUGGGUGUGCCCUUCAACAUUGCCAGCUAUGCACUACUCACCUACAUGAUUGCCCACAUCACUGGACUCAAGCCUGGAGAUUUUGUGCAUACAAUAGGUGAUGCCCACAUCUAUACCAAUCACAUUGAGCCUUUGAAAGAGCAGAUUCAGCGAGAGCCACGUCCAUUCCCCAAACUCAGGAUCAAACGCAAAGUUGAACAAAUUGAUGAUUUCUCUGCAGAGGAUUUUGAGAUCUAUGACUAUGACCCCCAUCCUGUAAUCAAAAUGCAAAUGGCUGUUUAGACCUUUGUAACCAUCUUUUAAAAAAUGUUCUGAGGCAGGGUGAAAAUUUCUGUUUAAAAAUACAUAUGUAAUUGAGUUUGAGAUUUCAUGUGUAAUAGUCUACAUGUUCCCACCAUACAUGAGAGGUAUCCUGGGAUUUAAUUGCAAUAUAACAUUUUUAACACACAUAAAGUGGUUAUAUUGUAAAUGUAGAUUUAAUUUAACAUUUACAAUUUAUGAAUAGAUUUUUUUUUUUUUUUUAAUAAUAUUAAAAAACGUUUUUGUCCCCCCAAA